AUGGUUUCUGUUGCAAUGUGGCGUCUGUCACAAACUGGUGUCAGUCGCCAACAGGUGUCCGUUGCAAAGUGGUUUCUGUUGCAGGGUAGUUUGUGUUGCAAAGUGGUUUCUGCUGCAAAAUGGUUUCUGUUGCAACAUGAUUUCUGUUGCAAAGUGGUUUCUGUUGCAAUGUGCUUUCUGUUGCAAAGUGAUGUCUGUUGCAAAGUGGUUUCUGUUGCAAAGUGGUUUCUGUUGCAAAGUGGUUUCUGUUGCAAUGUGGCGUCUGUCACAAACUGGUGUCAGUCGCCUACUGGUGUCUAUUGCAAAGUGGUUUCUGCUGCAAAAUGGUUUCUGUUGCAAAGUGAUUUCUGUUGCAAAGUGAUGUCUGUUGCAAAGUAG